GUAUUUACGAGUAAACAAGACUUUUUGUGUCAAUAGUACGAAUCUCCAUCACUUGAACAGGCCAGUUAUCACCGGGAUGCGCCCGACAGAGGAGACGCAAUAGCGAAGAGAAAACACAGCUUCGACCAAGCUCGGCAAGAAUAUGGGAUUCAAAACCGACAUUGAAGAAUACGUGAACAAGAGAAAAGAGCUUGUUCAGAGAGAAAACGAGAAUGCCUGGGAUAGGGGCGCAAGGCCAGAGCCUGGCUUAGAAUCCGAUGAAGAUAAGGUGGAACAAAGAGCUGCCACCAUCAUACGCGCAAUCCGCGAGUAUGAACGUAAAGUUACUUUUGGAAACCUGGCAUCAGAGGCGCUACCAGAUGAUGAGGAUCUGGACAUGGGUGGCCGAUAUCUUACUAAUAAAAAGCGCAUAGAAACUCAAAGCCAACUGUUUAAGAUAUCCAAGAUGGUACCAAAGGGAGCUCUUCUGCAUUUGCAUUUCAAUGCCGAACUACACCCUGAAAUACUUCUUCUCCAGGCCCGAGAAAGGAAGAACAUGUACAUCCGUAGCACUCAACGUAUCGAGGACGAAAGCCAAUUGGGCACAACCGAGUUGAUCCUGAGCGUCCUAGAUCCGAACACCGUCGAAGAUGGUGUUAACAUAUUUUCCAAGAAUUACCCCGCAAUCACAACCCCUAGUGAUAUGAAAGACAAUGAAUUCCAGAAGAAAGUCUGGAUGCGCUGGGCUAAAUUCCAGAAGAAAUUUGAAAAAAGAUUUCCGGGAAAGUAUGAGGAUCAAGAGUCUGAGACUUCCCGCAAGGGAGAACCGCACUGUUCUGGAUCUUCGUCACUGAAAACUCUAUAUCCGGCUGAGAAAUGGCUGAUGUCAAAAAUGGUGCUUAGUCGAGAGGAAGUUUACCAUCCCGACCAAACCGUCAAUGGGAUCUGGGCUCGAUUCAACCAAGCCACGAGGGCAUUUAAAGGGCUGGUGAACUAUGAGAGUGCUUAUAAAUCAUACAUAAGGGAUGCUAUCGACCGAAUGAUCGAUGAAAAGGUUAUGUAUGCCGAACUACGGCCAAUGCUGUUGGACAAGUUCAUCCCUGGGGAUAGCGGGAAACGAAAAGAUCGCCUUGAUCUUGUUGCCCAAAUGGAGCUUAUCGAGGAAGCGAUAAAUGAAAAAAAGAACGAACUAAAGGAAAAACAGGAGCAAGAAAAGUUCCCGUUUGGACUCAAGAUAAUCUACUGUACGCCGCGAUCAAUAGGAACUGAUAAAAUGGAAAGUGAGUUGCAAGAGUGCAUGAAACUCAAAAAGAACUUUCCGAAUCUGAUCUGCGGAUUCGAUCUAGUCGGUGCUGAAGACCGUCCCAACUCCAUCGGAUAUUACAAGGACCAACUUGUUGCUUUUCAGAAAAAGUGCAAGAAGAAGGGUCUGGAGAUACCCUUUAUGUUCCAUGCAGGGGAGACACUACUGGACACUGGUGGUUCCGACGACCCUGCAAAUUCGAAUCUCUACGACGCGGUGGCCCUAAACUCGAAGCGUAUCGGUCACGGCUUCGCUCUGAUGAAGCACCCUCAUCUGGUAGAAAAGUUCCGAAAGACUGAAACCAACCCUGGCAUCUGCAUUGAGUUGUGCCCUGUUUCAAACGAGCUCUUGCACCUGUGCAGAAACGUAAAAGAACACCCGUACCCAGAACUGCUAGCUGCAGGCAUACCCUGUACAGUUAACACUGACAACCCAAAUUUAUUCAGCAAUUCUAUGUCACACGAAUUCUACCAAAUCAUGGUCGGCGCGCCAAGCAUGUCUCUAUACAGUUGGAAACAACUCGCUCGCUGGAGCAUCGACUACAGUUGCUUGCUUUCCGAGGAAAAAGUCAAGGCCCACAAGUACCUUGACGAAGCUUGGGUCAGGUUCUGCAAGACGGUUGUAGACAAAUAUAACGAUCUUAUGAAUGGUGACAAGACCGAUCCUUUGAAGGCUGAGAAAGCGUAUCCACCGCGAAAAAAGAGGCACCCUGAUGUUCUCAAGAUUUCCAACUCCCUCUAGAUGGGUACUAGUUUACUAGCACUACCUGAUGAGCUCUUAUUGAGGAUUGUUCAAAAUGUCUCACAGGUUCGAAAUCUCACCGUCACACAAAAGAUUUUCUCGGAUUUGUGCAGAUGUUUUGGUGCAGACGAGCGAUUCCCUCUCUGAGGCCUGCCGCGCAAUCCGAUGCGUGAUGGCGUGGACCAAACCGGGUGACUUGGUCGACAAGUUGUGUGCGCGUGUCUGUACUAAAGUCACCCAGGCUAUCAGCAACGGGCAUCUUUCCGACGCAAGAUCGACUCUCAAAGUCAUAAGGAAGCUGCCCUCCAACACCCGCAUUCCAGACAAC